ACGGCACAGAAGUCGAGACUUCAGCAGCAAAUGGCGUAACGAAUGGCACUGAGAAGCAUACUGAGGCUUCGGAUGAAGAAAGUACCAAAGAACUGGAUGCUGUGGAUGAACCAGAAGCGCCCGAAUCAGAAGAUGGAGAUCCCAAAGAAU